GCGCGGCGGGUCCGCCACCGAGAAACUUUCUGCGCCGCGCCGAGGGGGCGGGAUGGCGGCGGCCGGCCCUGGCGGGGCCGCCGCGGUGCCUGCGACUCGCCCGUGGGUACCGGCAUCUGCCCGGCGCCCCGCGGCCUGAGGGGCAGGGCCGGCUGCCGGGGCGUCUGGUGGCGGUUGGGGAACCGGCUCCCUGGGGGCUGCUGUGGCGUUCCGGCCUCGCUGCGGAGCUCGGCCGCCCCUGUCGGGAGGCGGGCGGGGACCCGGCCCGGCCCGGCCACCUCAGCGCGUCUCGGGCUGCCUGCGGCCCGUCGGCCGUACCGCUGCCCCUGGCUGGGCUCUUCGGGCUAAUUCCGCAAGCGGAGCUGCUUUCCGUGGUGUUUUUUCGUCCAUUCCAUCUGGUUUUCUCCAGGCUCCUCUGCCCUCCUCUCACCUGGGAGGGCAUAAGGGACGCUUUUAUGUGAUAGAAUGGAUGAACAGUCACAAGGCAUGCAGGGGCCUACUGCUCCACCAUUUCAGCCACAGAAAGCCUUGCGACCCGACAUGGGCUAUAACACACUUGCCAAUUUCCGAAUAGAGAAAAAGAUUGGCCGUGGGCAGUUUAGUGAAGUUUACAGAGCGACCUGCCUGUUGGAUGGGGUACCAGUGGCACUGAAGAAGGUUCAGAUAUUUGAUUUAAUGGAUGCCAAAGCCCGUGCUGACUGCAUCAAAGAAAUAGAUCUUCUUAAGCAACUGAAUCAUCCAAAUGUAAUUAAAUAUUAUGCCUCAUUCAUUGAAGACAAUGAACUGAACAUAGUGUUGGAAUUAGCUGAUGCUGGAGAUCUCUCUAGAAUGAUAAAGCAUUUCAAGAAACAGAAGAGGUUGAUUCCUGAAAGAACAGUUUGGAAGUACUUCGUUCAGCUUUGCAGUGCCUUGGAACAUAUGCAUUCUCGUCGUGUUAUGCAUAGAGAUAUAAAGCCAGCUAAUGUGUUCAUCACAGCUACAGGGGUAGUAAAGCUUGGAGACCUUGGACUUGGUCGAUUUUUCAGCUCCAAGACCACAGCUGCGCAUUCUUUAGUUGGUACACCUUAUUAUAUGUCUCCAGAGAGAAUACACGAAAAUGGUUACAACUUCAAAUCUGACAUCUGGUCUCUAGGCUGUCUGCUGUACGAGAUGGCCGCGCUACAGAGUCCCUUUUAUGGUGAUAAAAUGAACUUGUACUCCCUGUGCAAGAAGAUAGAACAGUGUGACUACCCACCUCUCCCUUCAGAUCACUAUUCAGAGGAACUGCGGCAAUUAGUUAAUAUGUGCAUCAACCCAGAUCCAGAGAAGCGACCAGACGUAACCUAUGUCUACGAUGUAGCGAAACGUAUGCAUGCACACACUGCGAGCAGCUAAAGAGACGGCAGAUCAUGAAGAAAAAAGCGGAAAUAACCAAGUAUUUUAAGAAAAUCAUCCCACCUCUUUGUUUGUGUUACUGAAAUGUAAUUAUUUGAAGCUUACUGUUGUGCUUUGAAUUGUAAGCCGAUUUAUAUACAAGCUUUGUUGUUUUCUGUUUAUUUCUAUUUUUUUGUAUUUUUUACUAACUUGCAGUUUUACAACAGGUUUCAAUAUGUAAAGCAUAACUUUACAAGAUACCGAGAACCACUGUUUUCCAUAUUAAGUGGGUUCAGGUGUAUUUUAAUAACAAAAUCGUGUUCAGUUGGGCCUCAGUUCUAAAACACAGUUGCACUUUUGCACAUGAUACAGAUAUUAGGCUUAUUAUCCAGAAGCAAAAUGUCUGAAUCUCUCACCUUCUUAGUAAUUUAUGUACAGUAUGAAUCAGCACAGUUAACUUUAUUUUAAUCUUUGUUCUAAGAGGGACAUAAUUAUUGUAGAAGGUUAUUGUAUUUUAUAUUGAAUUGUAGUUUGCAGUUCUCGGUGUAGGAGUAGACAGGCGAUAGGAUUAGUUCUCUGCUUGCCAAAUGUGAUGGGGAAAAUAGUUUCAGGAAAAAUUAUCGCGCUGAAAUUUUUGCAACAUCCUUUUUUUCUUUUGUUAUUCUGUCAUAGUGCACAGAAAACGCUUGUUGGAGGUUUUCUGGGAAAAUUUAAGGUGUUGAUUCUGCAAUCUGAUCGUUUUCAAUAGAGUUGUGCAGCACUGCCCUGGGGCAAUAGGAGUCUGCAUAGUUAAGUCUUAAAACCCUGCAGAUGCUUCUCGUAGCAAAUCGGGUUCUUUUGAGGCUAGCCGUUAGGAGACGGCCUGAUUAAAGGAUGUGAUCUCUAAGUUACAACCUCCCGACUGUUUACGUAUGUGCCACUGUUUGUAGAUUUUUGUGUUUAAAAUAAUUUGAAUGACCUCACAGUACAUUUAAAUUUUUAAUAUUUUUUUUUUAAAUACAGAAACCUUUUGGAAAAGAUAAGUGUAGUAUAACACCAAAUGUAUUCUUCAUGAGUAUCUGGUUUUGUAUUCUGAGUACUAGUUUUAUACUUGGCAAAAGUAAAUUCUAGCUUUUAUAUUUAAGAGAAAGUUGCCACUUCUUCAUUUGGGAAAUAAAUAUAUAUCUGCAAAAUGUCUUGCAAAUACUUUAUUAGUUGAAAAGGAAAUUCAGAAUAUUUUUGUUAGACCUUAGUACCUUUUCAGGUAUGCUUCAAUAAUAUUUGUAUUGUUAAGGAAGGAAGAUGUCUUGUUUUUAAAUGUGGUAAAAAUGGAGAAUGGACUGAAAUUUCUUGAGUUUCAAGACUGAACUUUUUAUUCAGAACUGUAAAGACAUAACUUUUACCAGUGAUAUUGCUAAGAAGCUGUUAACGGUCAGUUAAAUCUUUUUCCUUGUGUGGGUAAAAAGAAAUCAGUUCAAAUAAAAGCAGCGCGAUGUACAUGCACAUGUGGGUUCUAGAUGCAGUCAGUUCCCUGCAUGCUCAGAUUUUUUCUGUUUGUUUAUCUGUGCGGCUUUAAUUUUUCAUUUGAUAUAAUGCUCAAAGAAUAAAAAUCCAGCUGUGGAGUUAGUUUGUGGAUGAAACGUUCAAGCCUAGGUCAGGGGUUUUUCUAGUUUCGUAUUUUUUAAAACUACAAAUACUAUGGAAAUUGUGUUUGGCAAAAUACAGGAGUUUUUAAAUACUAUGUGCCAGAUCAUCAGCUUAUCUUAAUACAUAUUUUUAAUUUUUGGUUCCAGAUUUUGUAGGUUGAAUCCUUAGUUUUCCUUCUAGCUUCUGUGUAUACCUAAUCUUGUAGGAUUUCAGUGGAACAAUUUGUAGGGAAGUAUCUGAGAAACCUUGGUUUAUGUCUAGCAGCCUCUACACUUGUUUUCAUUUAUUAUCUGAUGAUUGCAUUUUAAAAAUGAUGGUUAUGUUCUAUAACAAUAGUUCAUAUACCAUGUAAUGAAAUGGUUUGUAUUGGGAAAGGCAGCACAAUAGGUGCUUGACUGCCAGGAUUAGCUCUUAAUAUGCACAAGUAGUCAAACCACUUUUUUUUUUUUUUUUUUUCUGAAAUGUACUAGAACAUUUAAAAAUCACCGAAAGAAACCUCUCAACACAGUCAGGCUAUUUGCAUCUAAUAUUAUGCAUCAAAUAUUGAACUUUCCCGGAAAGAAACCAAUAAUAGAUUUUUAUUUUUUUUUCCUUGUGUCUGGAAGGAUGCAUUGAGUAAAGAAAUCAUGAGUUAAGAGUUUGCAAAUGUGCAUACUUAAGCAUUUAAUUCUUUUUAUUGUUGGUUUUUUAGUAUUUAUGGUUAAAUGUUGUGCUGAGGAGAAGAAAUAGUUGUUCCUAUUUUAAAAUUUGUAAAAUGAAUGGUACAGAUGACUCUGGUACCGAACUUUAUAAUUCAGAAGCCCAUAUGGGUUAAUAGAACUGCUUAUAUGUAACUGGGGAUUGUGGAAUCUAUCCCCCAAGUAAAGCACCUAGUAACAUACGAAAAUGGUAAGUCUGUUACAACAUGUCCAUGUGUGCUACACACUUAUAAAAUAUUUUCUUCUAUAAAACACUGUUCUAUUUUUUUUGUAUGUCAUUGAUGGUAACAUUUGGCACUAUUUAUUUUAAGCUAUGGCAUUACAUGUUUAUUUUCUUUAAAAAGAACGUGUUACAUUCUAACCAAAAUGUCUGGCUAGCUCUUCCUUUUCUUUCAGUAGUGCUCAAGUAUUAACUUGCUUCAUGAGUAAACUUUGUGCUUUGAAUGACAUUGCAUAAAGUCUUUGUCUUGUCAGCUCCCCUGCUGUGCAUUAAGCUAAUAGAAAUAAAACAUACAGAUAUUAAAUAUAA